AUGUAUGAUGUCAAAGGCUGGUUGAAGGAAAUAAAUCCCCAAUUGCACAACAUCACAAAUUCUCACAUAUUCGUCAUUGAGAAGAAUGAAGCAGGUGAUGUUGUAUUGCGCUAUAAGAAUUGGAGUCGAUGUGAAAAAUGGAAACCUGCAAAAAAUCCAAAUAAAGCAAUGUUACUUCUAAAAAAAGUAAGUAGCCAAGUAGGAUUUUUGUAUAUAGCUUUAAGUCUAUUAUAAGCAUAGGUAAAUUUCUACCUGAAGGGGUGGGAUUUAGAAGUUAGGGCAUCAUAUUUCAAUUCAUUCAACCUAAACCAAAGAAACCAAAAGCAGGCAUCGACUUUUGUAUUUAUUUAGAACAGUUGUUUUUUAACCCAUUAGCUGGCAGAGUACCCUUUGUCUCUUUCACUGAUGGGCAUUAACAUUGUCUGGUGUUCGACAGAGUAAAAUACUAAAGUAGGUGCAUUCCCACUCAUUGCCAAUUAAUGAGUUAUAUAUAUAGCACCGUUCUCCACAUACCGGGUACUGAGGUUGUGUGAAAACGUAUAAUUAAUUUGGGGGUAUGCAAAGGAAUAAUUUAAUAUACAUUAUUUUAUAUCUUAGGAAGUAAGUGUCCCUAAAUCAGUGCCAAAUUUAGUCCCAUCAUCGCCUGAUAAUGUUGACAUGGAAAGACUGAAACGGGAUAUACCCAAGUUUCUGGACAACUCUAGGAUUAUUACUGCGGAUCAAAGAUUGUGGUGGAGCCAGUUCUUCGAAAGAUCAAAAGAAAUCUAUCAAGCAGAAAUAUUAAACCAAUCCAGUACAUGGCUGCUUGAUGAGUUGAAACUUGUGAAGAGCAGAAGUUAUACAAAUGACAACCCUAACAAUCCUGCAGUGCCAUUACAAGACACAGAAGGAGGACUGUCUGUUCCUGACAAAGUACCGGACGAAAUUACAGACAUGGUAAAUAAGCAGUUUGCCGAAAUCCCAGAGGUAGAAUAAUUUCUUAUUGAAGACCAUAUAAAGUCUGUUCUGCGCAUACGUUUGCGCAGGCUUACAUUCCGACCGUUGGGAUGUUAUUAAUAUUUCGUAUCUUUAUAACUUUCUCGAAUUGAAUCUCUAGUCUGUAUUCAUUUACAAGCAUAGCGAACCAAAAGAGUGUUAAAAAUUCAUUAUAAUAUAUAUCUAAUCAUAUUUUACAACUGUGGCACUCAGAGUUCAAAUGUACAGUAAACGUUAAAGCAUUUGUUUACAUUACGGACUUUACAUGGUCUUUAAACUUUUUCAACUCAUUUAAAUCUACAAAACGUGCCUUUUGAAUCUUUGAUGCCUUUGAAUUAAAUGUGAUCAAAAUUUCUUUCGUACGGAUUGGAAUAAUGCAUUUAUAUUUUGCUAUAUUUUCGUUUUCCUCUUAUCAAAACUUGGGUUCAAACUUCUAAAAUAUAUUAAAAAUGAUUUGUUUCUCUUACCUUUCGCCGUCUUCGUGUCCUAAUGCUGACAAUGUUCAAAACUGAGUCCGUUUCAAGACGAAGUCGCAAGAAGUUCAGGUCUUUGUACAAAAAUACAAAUCAAAAUGUGCACAUUUUAUAUUACGCCAUGUUUGUUUACUAAACUCGUUUCCAAGCCUUUGGCACAGGCCUUUGGCGGAAGUUCCUAGCCUCCAGUUUGAGUCUUAUCUCGCAUAAAUAAUGCAACUCUAUUAUAAAUAAAGUAAAUACGUAAUAUUAAAGAGAGAGUUUCGUUAGGUUAGCACUAUUUUCCAUCCAGCAAACUGACCUGACGUCAUUUUCGAAAGAUGGAAGAGGUGUCAAAUGGCAAUGUAACUAACCCAAACCCUACCUUACUCUAACCCCUAACCGCAACCCUAACUGUAACCCUAACCGAAUUAAUAACAACAAUCCAAAAAGAAAGACUUUAGAAAAUCGAUAGGGCGGUUUGCUCGAUGGAAAAUAGUGCUAACCGUUUCGUUAAUGUUUUUUGAAUAUUUUUGGUCAAGAAACAAUUAGUUGGUUUCAUAAUAUAGUAAAUCCCUGUUGUUUUGUUACUUUGUUUAGGUGUAUACAGGACUUUAUGUCAGGCCUUCAAGAGUAACACAUGUAGAUGACAUUUGGGAGCAUGUUGUUGUCGGGGGAUUUGUGGCUAUAUCACUUCUUGGGUAUGACAAGACACCAGUUAUAGGCAAAGUCAUCGAAAAAUCUCAGGAUAAGAUAUUAAUAGAAUACUGGAAAGGCUCGUGGAAUAAAAAAUGGCAGCCAUGGAAAGAAAGGGGCCAACUAUGGACUGACGAACUUUCGAAAGACUGUAUAUAUUUAACAGCAUUUGAGUUGCAGGACUCGAAACUUCAUCCCGAAACAAAACGGCAAAUGAGGGAUUUCAUGUCUCGAGAAAGAAAUAAACAAUGA